AUUAGUACCCAAUGUCAAUAAUUCUUCACGGUGAAUGCCCAUUACCAUUAAGAACUUAUUGAAUCACUUUCGAUAAGAUGGUGUUAGGGCAAGGAACUAAAAUUGUAGUUCUCUUUAGUGUACUCACCGCUACAGUUCAAUUGGACGCCAUCUGUAAUUUACGCGUAAUCUUACCAUGGCUUUGUGAUGAAGAGUUUUCAAUCGGGGAUUCUCCCAUUUCAAGAUUAAUUUUGGGUGAAAAAGAUAUUAAUUCUGCUAUAUUAGAGUUAGUACAGGAUGUGGUCUCAUUUACAUUAUAUUCAAGAUCAAAUGAAGCAGGAAUAAAUUUUAUAACAAGCACGGUAUCAUCAAUAAACAUAGAUUCUUCAAAAGAAACAAAAUUUUUAAUACACGGUUGGAGUAAUGAUGGAAAUUCAAGAAUGCCACAAACUUUAAAGGAUAGCUAUUUACCUUCUAAAGAUGUUAACGUAAUCGUUGUUGAUUGGAGUGGUCUAUCAAAUUUACUUUUAUACCCAUUACCUGCGAAUGGAACCGGAUACAUCGGUGAAUGUUUAUCAAAUAUAAUAGAAGAGUUGUUUCCAAAUACCGAAAAACUAAAUGUGCAUAUUUUGGGGCAUAGUUUGGGAGCUCACAUUGCAGGAUUUGCUGGAAGAUCUCUUAAACGGAAAGGAUUUAUUUUACCUCGAAUAACAGGUUUGGAUCCAGCAAGUCCCUUAAUUUGGAAUGGUUUAGUAAAAUCUGACGCUGAAUUUGUUGAUGUAGUCCACACAGCUGCUGGAUCUUUAGGAAAAACUGGUCCACAAGGUCAUAUAGAUUUUUAUCCAAAUGGCGGAGUAUCCCCACAACCGGGUUGUGAAGAAGAAACAUUUAUUAAUAUCCUUUUCUGUAGUCACGCGCGAAGUUGGCAGUAUUACGCAAAAACGAUACAAAAUCCACGCCGUUAUAUUGCUGUGCAAUGCGAUUCUUACGAAGAUUAUUUAAUUAAUCGAUGUAGUGGCAAUAACAUGCUAUACAUGGGAGAGUAUUUAUCAUCACGAUCACGUGGUAUUUAUUACUUAAAUGCAAAAUUAAAUUAAACCUUUGUUGUUAUAUCUUGAUUAAUUUUUUAAUUUCAUCAAUCAUAUUUCUUUUUUACAAGAAAACUAAAUGUGUACAGUUUUAAGCAUAGAAACCGAAUAGAUAUUAUCUUUCCAAUGUAAAUAACUUGAUAAA